GGUUCACUGAGGACCGAGGGCUGAAGUCAUUUUCCCGCCAAAUUUUAACGAUGGGCAAUGAGAAUCCGGCGGAGAAAGCCCUAAAUCUGAUUCGCGGGCGACUCUGCGAUCCUACUUUCGUCUUCAGACCGCUUUCUGCUUCUUCAGACAGCAACUACAGCAAGCUGAAGUUCAUUGUGUCGACCUCUGUCACGGAAGGAUGCAACAAUUCAAUCUUGCUUCUGGGCCCUCGUGGCUCUGGAAAAGCUGCUGUGUUGGAUCUUGUUGUUGGCGAUUUAAUGGAAGAGUAUCCAGAUUCAGUAACAUUAAUCAGCUUGAAUGGACUCCUGCACAGUGAGGAUAAUUGUGCAUUUAAGGAAAUUGCUAGACAGUUGUGUAUGGAACACCACCUGCUCUUCUCCAAAAUGGCAUCAUUCGAUGAGAAUUCGCAAUUCAUAAUAGCCAUGCUAAGGGAAUGUGGACUAGCACAUAAGACAAUCAUCUUUGUGCUUGAUGAAUUCGACAUGUUUGCACAGGGAAAGCAACGGUUGCUGUACAGUUUGCUGGAUGCGAUGCAAUCUGUAACAUCCCAAGCUGUUGUCGUCGGUAUUAGUUCUCGACUGGACGCUGACCAACUCCUUGAGAAAAGGGUGAGAUCUCGCUUUUCACACAGGAAAAUUUUGUUUCUUCCUCCAUCUAGGGAAGAAAUUGACAGUUUAUUGGAACACCUGCUUUCUCUACCAGCAGACUCUAGCUUCCCCAGUGGAUAUGUUUCUCAGUUCAAUGAAAAGAUUAAGAAUAUAACAUCAGAUACGAGAUUCAAAGACAUGCUGAAGACAUUUUUAAAUGCCAAUUCUACUGUCAACAGUUUGCUGAAGUUUAUAUUCCGCGCUGUUUCUUCAAUGAAUUUGGAAUCUGGCCUCCUCUCUCUUGAGAACUUCAAAACAGCACUUUCAAGUAUGCAAAGGCAACCAAAAUUGGAAGCCGUCAGAGAUUGUUCCAUACUGGAGCUUUAUCUUUUAGUAUGCAUGAGGAGGUUAGAAGUGAAAGAGCAAAGCUCAUACAACUUCAUCAGUGUGAUGAAAGAGUAUAAGACGAUACACGAUUCUUUUCAGACCUCAGACUUCUACGCACAAAAUGUCUGCCUACGUGCAUUUGAGCACCUGAGAGAGCGAGAAGUUAUAUGCUACGCAGAGAAUAGAGGACAGUCUCAGGCAGGUGAGUACCGUUCCAUGAAGCUUUUAAUAUCGGCCUCUGAGCUUCAUCAAGGAAUGAGAUCUCAUGCCUGUUGCCCCGCCAUUCUUCUCAAGUUAUUGGACCAUUGAUCUCUCUGUGUUUUACUGUCCCUUAGAAAUAAGACAGUUCUUUAAUGACCAUGUAUGUGUAUGUUUAUUCAUGGUGAAGCUACUCUGUUUAGAACCAGUCUUCAGUUUUGCUAUGCUGUGCGUUUUCUCCACCUGUCAGUUACAUCUAUGUCUAGAUGGAGAGAGUAUGUCAACUUAAGACUCACUUGCUCAA